AGGAGGACGAUGGCAGGAGGCUUGUUUUGUCAUUUGGAAGUCAUAGCCGAGACCCAUUAUUAAACCUUAAACCGUGAACGGAGCAAACACAACGAGGCGACCCGGAGCGGCGUGGAGCCACAGCCACAGGAUACGAACCCAUCAGCAGUUGCUCCGAGUCCGAGUUCCGAGACCAUAAAACAUGUGGACAGCGGCCUGCCCGAGAGCUCUGAAAGCGAUUUGCCUGGUGCCGCUUGGGCUGCUCCUGCUCCUUGAUUGUGGCCUGGUCAGCGGCGAGGUGCCGCCGCAUUACUGGGAGACCCCCUACUCGCAGCCGUACUUCGACAACUCCUCCCGUCGCGAGGUCACAGCCACCGUGGGCCAGGCGGCCCUGCUGCACUGCCGUGUCCGGAAUCUGGGCGAUCGAGCGGUGUCCUGGAUCCGGAAGAGGGACCUGCACAUCCUCACAGUGGGCAUUCUCACCUACACGAACGACCAGCGCUUCCAGUCCCUGCACUCCGAGGGGUCCGACGAGUGGACCCUCCGCAUCUCGUCCCCCCAGCCGAGGGACUCGGGCACCUACGAGUGCCAGGUGUCCACCGAGCCAAAGAUCAGCCAGGGCUUUCGCCUCAACGUGGUGGUGUCCCGGGCCAAGAUCCUGGGCAACGCGGAGCUCUUCAUCAAGAGCGGCAGCGACAUCAAUCUCACCUGCCUGGCGGUGCAGUCGCCGGUGCCGCCGUCGUUCAUCUACUGGUACAAGGGCAAGCGGGUAAUGAAUUACUCGCAGCGCGGUGGCAUCAACGUCAUCACGGAGCGCUCCACUCGCACCAGCAAGCUGCUCAUCGCCAAGGCGACGCCUGCCGACUCGGGCAACUACACAUGUUCCCCCAGCAGCUCAGACUCCGCCUCGGUGGUGGUGCACGUCAUCAACGGUGAGCAUCCGGCCGCCAUGCAGCACGGCAACAGCAGCGCCAGCUGCCCCCGAUGCCUCCCGCCUGCCACGACCGUGCCUUUCGCCAGUGCCACCGCGUUGCAGAUUGCCCUGACGGUGGCGGCUGUUGCCUGGAAUUUUAAUUGGAACGGGGACCGCCUAGACUGGAGCUGCGACUGGAACUGGAGCUGGAGUCGGAGAUGGAGCAACGUGCGGCAAUGCCUGGAUCGAAACUGGAACACGGCCGGGGGCCUGCUGCACGUCUGGAGCUGGAGCUGAUGCAACAGUGGGUGCCACCAACGCUGAACGCUGAAGAUAAACGCUGAAACGAGACAGUUCCGGCCUAGUUGGGGCUGUCCCGCUCCUCCCCCGCCACCAGGAUGCAUUUAAUGCCAAAGGGGUGUCGCGAGGGGAGGUGAGAAGGAAAGCGGCCACUGAAACGGAGAGCGUCUUACGAACUAGUGUACAUAUACGGUGUGUCCUUUAAAGAGUAUUAUCUAUAAGAGGCAGUAUUAAAAGCAAACUUUUAGCCACGAUCCGCAAAACAAAAAACCGCAAAAAUGAAAAUGAAAAUCAGUCAACAGAAAGAGUCCAGGCCAGCACUUUUCAUUCGCAGGAGCUGCAGGGAUCGUCCUGACCCUGCCAGCAGCUGCCUUUCCCACUUAGUUUUGUUGUCAUUGUAUUCGAAUUGAUUUGGGAUGGAAUUCAUUUCAUUUGCCACCCAAUGGGGAUAUAAUCACCAUUUUCGGGCCAAAAGCCACAGUAUGGUUUACUGACUCAUUUCGGGUUAACAGAAGCAGAAAUGUCCGAUUGUAUAUAAAUCUAAACACAUAUAUUAGGCCUUCAACUGUUUAUUUAUUUAGUUUGUAUCGUCAUAAACCCUAGCACGACAGGAUGAGCCGAAAGGGGAGCUAAAUAUAUUUAAAGAUAUAUAUGGAUGGUUAUUCAGUGUAUAUGGAUAAGUUUUUAUCUGGUUGUCAGCCGCGAAAUUGUUCUACGUAGUCCAUCAUCUAGUUACUGUGUAAAAUAUUCAUACUUGAUAAUUGUAAAUUUAGAGCUCGGUUUUAAGUGGUCUUGAUAAGACUUUUAAGCAGUAAGAACUGGAUCGAUGAAGGUCAUGGUUCAACCGUAAAAAAACGAAAAAAAAAAUAGCAAAUGAAAUUACAGAAAUUAUUAAACUAAAACCCAAAAAAAAAGAUACAGCUAACCUAAGCAGAGUCAAAAUAUGUUCUGUUUUAUUCUGUUUAAGCAAAACUAAACGAACAAUGUUUCUCCAUAAUAAAUGAAAAUAUGGUUAUGGUUAAAAAAUAAA